CUUUAACUUUUAAGUUAUAGAAAUUGUAUCCUACAUCGCUUAUAAAUAAACUGAAGAUCUUAUUCUUAACAGCAUGGCGCUAACUGCCAUGUUGCGCAGAACCCUCAUCAAUGGGACGGUGUACUCUGCUGCAGCAAUGCGUUUUGCUUCAACGCAACAAGAGAAAAAAGUAUUUUUCGACGUUACAGCUGAUGGAGAGCCAUUAGGUCGAAUAGUUAUGAAACUUAAUUCUGAUGAAGUUCCGAAAACUGCUGAAAACUUUAGAGCAUUAUGUACAGGAGAAAAAGGGUUUGGAUACAAGGGUUCCUCAUUUCACAGAAUAAUUCCAGAUUUUAUGUGUCAAGGUGGAGAUUUUACGAAUCAUAAUGGCACUGGUGGAAAAUCAAUUUAUGGACGCAUGUUUCCUGAUGAGAAUUUCAAGCUGAAGCAUACCGGUCCAGGGAUCUUAUCAAUGGCAAAUGCUGGUCCCAAUACUAAUGGCUCUCAGUUCUUUAUAACUACUACUGCUACUCCAUGGCUAGAUAAGAAGCAUGUUGUGUUUGGCGCUGUAGUAGAAGGCAUGGAUGUUGUUAGAAAGAUGGAGGGCUUAGGCUCUAGGAAUGGAAAACCAUCCAAAAAAGUUGUCAUUUCUGAAUGUGGUGAGCUAGAUUAAAAUAAUGAGAAUUGUAUAUAUAUAUCUGUUGUGUAGUUACUAUUUGUAGUUCUAAGUAUAUAGUAAAAAUCAUUUUUUAAAUCACA